GUCCCAGCUGGGAAAAUAGUUCCAUUAUCUCCCAGCUGCAUAGACAUUCCAUACGGCUUGGUUCUGCCUGGAUGAACAGUGUGGCUUGCUGAGAGCUUGAAACAGAGUUCUGCAGAAAAUUUUAAAGAUUCCCGAGCCAUUUCCCUGUUAAGAUCUGUAUUUUGAACAGAAUCUUGGAGUAGUUACUGGAUGAUGCACAGUUUUCACUCCUGAUUGGACAAGAUAAAUUUUUGACCUUGGAAAGUGGAGAUGAGGUUGCUAUGGAAACUAGUAAUUCUGCUGCCACUCAUGAACUUUUGUGCAGGCGACGGUGUCCUUCAUGGCCCUAUCUUUGUCCAGGAGCCUUAUGACAUCACUUACUCUUUGAAUGGGAAGAAUUCCAAAGUUAUCCUCAAUUGCACAGCUAAUGGAUACCCAUCACCAUAUUACAGGUGGAAGCAAAAUGGCACAGAUAUCGAUUUUACCAUGAGUUAUCACUUCAGGUUGGUUGGAGGCAGCCUGGUCAUCAGUAACCCACAUAAAAAUCAGGACUUUGGAACAUAUCGGUGUUUGGCUACAAAUUCGUUUGGAACAAUUCUCAGCCGGAAGGCGAAGCUUCGAUUUGCAUAUAUUGAAGAUUUUGAAACCAAAUCAAGAAAUGCUGUGUCUGUCAGAGAGGGACAAGGAGUGGUUCUUCUUUGUGGACCACCACCACACUUUGGAGAUCUAUCUUAUGCUUGGAUCUUCAAUGAUAAUCCUUUGUAUGUUCAGGAGGAUAGCCGGCAGUUUGUAUCACAAGCAACGGGCAACUUGUACAUCGCAAAAGUGGAGCCGUCAGAUGUGGGGAAUUACACCUGCCUUGUAACUAAUGCAGAAGCACAGAAAAAUGUGCAGGGCCCACCCACUCCAUUAGUACUUCGCAAAGACGGUGUAAUGGGGGAGUACGAACCAAAGAUUGAACUACGUUUUUCUGAAACAACUCAUGCCGCAAAAGGUUCAUCUGUAAAACUGGAAUGUUUUGCCCUUGGAAAUCCAAUCCCUGAUAUUAGCUGGAAGAGAUCUGAUGGAAAUCUUUUGGCAACAAAAAUCAAGUUCAACAAAUCCAAAGGGGUCCUUGAAAUCCCAAACUUUCAACAAGAAGAUGAAGGCAGUUAUGAAUGUGUUGCAGGAAACUCGAGAGGACAAAAUGUUGCAAAGGGUCAACUACUUUUCUAUGCUCUUCCAGAGUGGGAACAAAAACUCCAAGAUGCACAUAUAUCUGUCCAAGACAAUUUGUUUUGGGAGUGUAAAGCAAGAGGAAAGCCAAGUCCUUCCUAUGCUUGGUUAAAAAAUGGUCAACCUCUUGAAUCAGAGGACAGAAUCCAAAUAGAAAAUGGGACACUUAUGAUAACUACACUGAAUAUGUCAGAUUCUGGUCUCUACCAAUGCAUUGCAGAAAAUAAAUAUCAUACCAUUUAUUCUAAUGCUGAAUUAAGAGUCAUAGCUUCCGCCCCUGAUUUUUCUAAAAAGCCUGUGCGGAAAAUAUCAGUUGUCCAAGUUGGCGGUGAUGUUACAAUAGCUUGCAAACCAGAUGCUUCACCCAAGGCAGUUAUUUCAUGGAAAAAGGGACCAGAAAUCCUGAGACAAAGCAAGCGAGUUUUUUUCCUUGAAGAUGGCAGUCUCAAGAUAUAUAAUGUUACCAAAUCAGAUGCAGGAACAUUCACUUGUAUAGCAACAAAUCAAUUUGGCAUUGCCAAGAACACUGGGACCCUGGUUGUAAAAGAGCGGACUGUAAUUACCAUUCCACCUUCCCAAAUGGAUGUGACAGUUGGAGAGAGUAUAGUCCUGCCAUGUCAGGUGUAUCAUGAUCCCUCUGUUGAGGUUGUAUUCACGUGGUCAUUCAAUGGAGAUAUGAUAGAUUUCCAAAGAGGAGUGGAUCAUUUUGAAAUAAUCGGAGGAGAAUCUGUUGGGGAUUUGAUGAUCAGAAAUAUUCAGUUAGGUCAUUCCGGAAAAUAUGAGUGCCUGGUGCAAACAACUAUAGACAGCCUAUCAGCUACUGCCAGUGUCAUUGUUAGAGGCCCUCCUGGUCCACCAGACGAUGUCAGAGUAGAACACUUUUCAAAUACCACAUCUCAGCUUCAUUGGAGACCAGGGCUGGAUAACAACAGUCCUGUUCAAAUCUAUACUAUACAGACCAGGACACCUUUUUCCAUCGGUUGGCAGGCUGUUUCAACAGUUCCCGAAAUUCUCAAUGGAAAAACCUAUUCCGCAACAGUGGUGGGUUUAAAUCCUUGGAUUGAGUACGAAUUCCGGGUAGUUGCUGCCAAUAGCGUUGGGAUUGGUGAACCGAGUCAACCUUCACAACUCUUGAGGACCAAAGCAUCAGUCCCAGUAGCGGUACCAACCAAUAUUAGCGGAGGUGGAGGAAGUCGUUCUGAACUCAUCAUCACAUGGGAGUCAAUUCCAGAAGAACUUCAAAAUGGAGAAGGAUUUGGAUAUACCAUUAUGUUUCGGCCUCUUGGAUCAAUAACCUGGACCAAAGCCAUAGUGGCGUCAGUGGAAGCCUCAAAGUACACGUACAGAAAUGAAAGCAUUACACCCCUCUCUCCCUUUGAAGUCAAAGUGGGGGUCUAUAAUAAUGAAGGAGAAGGGGCAUUGAGCACAGCAUCCAUUGUCUACUCAGGAGAAGAUGAACCCCAGCUGGCUCCAUCUGGAGUAUCUGCACAGAGCUUUUCAGCAUCUGAAAUGGAGGUGUCUUGGAGUGCCAUUGCCUGGAGCAGACACACUGGACGGGUGCUAGGUUAUGAGGUCUCAUACUGGACAGAUGACUCAAAGGAAACAAUUGCCGGUAAAGUCAGGGUCAGUGGAAAUAUAACUACCAAAAAUAUCACAGGACUUAAAGCAAAUACAGUAUAUUUUGCCACUGUGAGAGCACACAACACUGCUGGAACUGGACCCUCAAGUACUCCAGUUAAUGCCACUACUAAAAAGUCACCCCCCAGCCAACCCCCAGCAAAUAUUGCCUGGAAACUGACAAACUCAAAAUUGUGCUUAAACUGGGAACAUGUCAAAACCAUGGAGAAUGAGUCAGAAGUGUUAGGUUACAAAAUUUUGUACAGGCAAAACAGGCAAAGCAAAACUCAUGUUUUGGAAACAAAUAAUACAUCGGCUGAGCUCCUGGUGCCAUUUGAAGAAGAUUAUUUGGUAGAAAUAAAAACAGUCAGUGAUGGUGGGGAUGGCAGCAGUAGUGAGGAAAUUAGGAUCCCUAAAAUGUCAAGUUUAAGUUCCAGAGGAAUACAAGCUUCAGAAAGAAGAGACAAUUUACUGCCUGUUUUUAUUGUGAUUUUAGAUAGUCUUGCUCUUUUCUCUGCUCUGUGAUAAGAGAAAUCAUGCACAGUCUUGGACUUUGGAAAACAUAUUAUUCUGUACAGAAGAUCUCUACUCAUCAAUCUCAAUCAAUCUUUAUAAAGACUUAUUUGGAUAAAAUCAAGUUGUACAUUAAUACCAUGUAGUUCGUUAAAAAAUAAUUUGGAAUUUGCAAAGAUAUGUAAAUUCAUGAAUUUAAAUGGUGCCAAAAUAUGGUCGUGUGAUUGUAAUUAUGGUGAUUAUAAUUUCAAGUAACUUUCAAAUCUGUAUUGAUUGUAUAAAAAAAAAACCACAACUAGGCUUUGACCCAGUUGUGGUGAUAGUAAGUUUGCUAUAACAGUACUUGUGAUGUUCAGUACUAUCGAAACACUAUUCCUUUUACUUCGAUAUGAAUAAGGUUAGCCACACUUUGCAAUGAAAUUUUAAAAAAUUAUAUACAUUUUGUGGAUUUUUUACUUAGUUAAAGCCAUCCUGAGUUUAUCAUUUUACAGAUACCUUUAAAUCAGGUCAAAAUAUGACAAGUAGACAUCACAAUUGGGAAGGGAAAUUUUCUUCUCAAACUGCUUUUUAAGUGACAUGAUAAUUCUGGCACAAAUGUCUUGUGAUUUGAAAAAAUAAAUCCUAGAAGUGGAACUGUUUCUUUCCACCUGUUAGAAUGAAAAGAAGGCAACCGGAGAAAACACACCAGUGUUCCAUAUUGUCCAUAUUUUUCAUCAUGACAAAUUUCCUAGUUUUUAGGCUUACAUCCUUGUAAUUCUCAAAAGCUAAGAAACCUGAACAUCCAUGAUUUCAAAAGUUGUGUUUUUUUUAAUUAUAAGAAUAUGUCAAUCUCUUAGGCCAAUUUUGAAAUUCUUAGCAAGUUUUCCAGAGUGCUGAAGUCACUCCCUGGGAGAGUAAGGGCCUUGGAGAAUUAAUGUCUUCAAACCUUUUAGGAUAUCUUUAUUGUAAUAGUGUUACAAACAAGAGUUUGAGGAAAAUAUCGUUUCUUGGUAAUUUCACUUAGAAUGAGCUAUGUUGGCUUUAAUACAUUUCUAAUGCUAAUAAAUGGUACCCUAGAUACAUGAA